UGGCGAGUACAAAAUCAUUUCCCCUCUUUUUAACGUUGAUGAUUCCGUUUCUUCAACCUCUGGUGUCAUCUAUCUUUAUCGAGGAAGCAACUGUGCAGGAUCUCCAACGUGCUUUUCAGAACAAAUCACUCACCUCAAAGCAACUCGUUCGGCAUUACAGGGACAAAAUCUUUAUACAAAGCCCGGUGCUUAAAGCGGUCGUGGAGAUUAACCCCGAUGCUAUGUCUCAAGCCGAUGCGGCCGACCGAGAACGAGCGGCUUUAGCGCCGGGGAAGUCACUUGGUGACCUCCAUGGAAUCCCUAUUCUGCUCAAGGAUAACAUCGCAACCAAGGAUAAGAUGAACACCACGGCCGGUUCACUCGCGCUGCUAAGAUCCGUUGUACCUCGAGAUGCAAGCGUCGUAUCUAAACUGAGGCAAGCCGGGGCUAUAAUUCUUGGAAAGACCAGCUUGACCGAAUGGGCUAAUUUCAGGGGCAAAAGGAUGCCCGGUGGCUGGUGUGCUCGGACUGGCCAGGGAAAGAAUCCUUAUAAUAAUAAAGCAGAUACAUGUGGGUCAAGUAGUGGAUCAGCCAUAUCAGCAGCCGCAAAUCUGGCAGCGGUAACACUCGGGACCGAGACUGAUGGCUCGAUUCUCUGCCCGUCUAGCAAUCAGGCUGUCGUCGGCAUCAAACCCACCGUCGGUCUCACCAGCCGAGCAGGAGUCAUCCCAAUCACUCCCAGACAGGACACCGUAGGACCCAUAUGUAGAACAGUGGCAGAUGCCGUAUACGUCCUGGAUGCCAUUGUAGGCGAAGAUUCGAAUGAUGAAGCAACUAUUGAAGCGUCAAAGUACAUUCCAAAGGGUGGCUACAAGCAAUAUCUGAAGAUUGAUGGUCUCAAAGGGAAAAGAUUGGGGUUACUCAGGAAAUUCUUUGAUUUCACUUAUGAUCCUGGUUUGGGUGAAGCUUUCGAGCGUCAUUUCUCCACUUUAAGUGAAAGAGGUGCGGUUUUGGUAGAACAUAUGGAUACAUCCAAGUUUAUGGAAGCAAUUAACGGCAUCCAGGACUACGAAAUUCUAGCAACCACGGCUGAGUUCAAAUUGGCCAUAAAUUCUUAUCUAGAAAACCUUGAGGUAUCUUCAGUGCGAUCUUUAAAAGAUCUCAUUGAAUUCAACAACAAAACUCCAGCGGAAAAAAUCGAGGAAUAUGGCCAAGAGCGUUUCCUUGAGGCCGAAGCUACUAAUGGGAUCGGCGAGACAGAGAAGCAUGCGAUAGAAGAAUUAGAAAGAAGGGCGAGAGAUGGUUUCGAGAAGUUAAUGACAGAAAACAACCUAGACGCUUUUUUAUCACCAUUUGGUUCUACUGCGUUUAUUCUCGCAACGGGUCAAUUCCCAGGUAUUAUUGUUCCGGCCGGAUAUGAUAACGAAGGGGUGCCGUUCGGCCUUUGUUUCGGAGGAUUAAAGGGGUCGGAGCCUACCCUGAUUGAGAUAGCCUAUGCCUUCGAGCAAGUGACUAAGAUCAGGAUGCCUCCUUCAUUCAAGCACAGAAAGCUACCAGUUCUGGAUUAGUCGAAGCAACAAGGGUUAGCCAUCAAUGGACCUUGUAGAAU